UAAGAAUAUAAAAAAAGGAGAGAGAAAUAUGGGAAGAGGGAGAGUGGAGAUGAAGAGGAUAGAGAACAAAAUCAAUAGACAAGUGACCUUCUCAAAAAGAAGAAACGGUUUGUUGAAGAAAGCUUAUGAGCUCUCUGUUCUCUGCGAUGCUGAAGUUGCUCUCAUCGUCUUUUCUAGCCGUGGCAAGCUCUACGAGUUCGGUAGUGUUGGAGUUGAAAGAACAAUUGAACGGUAUCAUCGUUGCUACAACUGUUCCGUGGGCAAUAAUAGACCUGAAGAGUCUACCCAGAACUGGUGUCAAGAGGUGACAAAGCUUAAAUCCAAAUACGAAUCUCUUGUUCGCACUAAUAGGCAUUUGCUUGGAGAAGAUCUUGGAGAAAUGAGUGUGAAGGAACUGCAAGCGCUCGAGAGACAGCUCGAAGCCGCUCUUACCGCGACUCGACAGCGCAAGACACAAGUUAUGAUGGAAGAAAUGGAAGAUCUUCGGAAAAAGGAGAGGCAACUCGGAGACAUAAACAAACAACUCAAGAUAAAGUUUGAGACCGAAGGCCAUGCUUUCAAGACAUUUCAAGACUUAUGGCCAAGUUCGUUGGCAUCAGUGGCCGGCGAUCCUAACAAUUCUGAAUUUCCGGUUCAGUCUUCUCAUCCUAAUUCAAUGGAUUGCAAUACUGAGCCAUUUUUACAAAUAGGGUUCCAACAACAACAACAGUACUACGUGCAAGGUGAAGGGUCUUCGGUAUCAAAGAGGAAUGUGGCUUGUGAGACCAAUUUCGUCCAAGGUUGGGUUCUUUGACCUUUGUUGACUAGACCACGAUACCACGGUCUGGCCAAUUUCAUCUCUAAAGUAUGAAAGAAAAAAAUAUUGUAUUUUUUUAAAAAGGAAAAAGAAAAAAAAAAUCAUGUUCUAGAUUUUUGUCAUAUUGCCGUGCGAUAUAUAAUUUCCAGCUCGUGUGAACCUAUUCGCAUGUAUUGGACUCUUUAAAUAAUUCUCAACGUGAUCUAAUUUUUUUUAGGUUUACU